CUAUUAUAAUUAGUGGUGAAUAGCACGUGAUAAGUAAUUUACUUCGGCAGUAAUUGAACCAGAUUUAAGCUGUGCUAAUCAUUUAAUAAAAUAACGAAAUGUUAUAAUUGACAAUUAAUAACAAUUAAAUAUCAUAAUUGAUAAUUUAUUGUUUAGAAAAUAGUGUUUGGCGCUUGCUCGUGAAAGUUGCUAAAGUCACAGAUUAAGAAGAGAAAGGGAUUAGUCGUGAGUGGUGUUAAAGUCGUAUAAUCACGCUUAUUUGAGAUAAAACUAACAUAAACCCAUGGUGGUAAAACUAAAAAGAUCAUUAUGGCGAUGUUCGAAGUGUUGAGAAAAGACUUCAGCGGUUUUCUGCAGCAACAUUUUAAGCUGUCGGAUGUCUCGUCGUUUCAAAAGAAAUGCGUCGAACGUUGCGCGAACGACGGAGACAGAAAAGCGGCGAUUGACCAGGCGCUAAGAGAUACUCUCUUGAUAGUGUUAACAGAGAACUCCUCUGGCAAUGUACACUUGCUUGAGUCUUACAUUACGUUUUGCAUAGAACUAUGUAGGAAAGACUUAGCAACAGCGAGCAUGCCAGUGAUGCUGCUGGGUGAUAUUUUUGAUUCAAUGACUCUGGAUAGAUGCGAACAAUUGUUCACUUUUGUUGAGAACAAUGUUUCCGUGUGGAAAGAAGAUCUGUUCUUCAGUGCCUGCAAAAAUAACUUGUUGAGAAUGUGCAACGAUUUGUUGAGGAGACUGUCACGUUCUCAACAGACUGUAUUCUGUGGUAGAAUUUUGCUGUUCCUUGCAAAAUUUUUCCCUUUCUCGGAGAGAUCAGGCCUGAAUAUUGUCAGUGAAUUCAAUCUCGACAAUUAUACAGAGUUUGGAUCUGAGAAGACUGAAGGAGAUGAUCUGGAACAAAUAAACAAAGACGACGACAAGUCAGAAAAUAAAAUACCAAUUGAUUACAAUUUGUAUCGCAAAUUUUGGGCACUGCAGGACUUCUUUAGGAACCCAAAUCAGUGCUACAGUAAGAUGUAUUGGAAAGUUUUUUCAGCUCAUGCAUCUAAUGUGCUGUCAGCAUUUUCGUCCUUCAAAUUGGAGGAGCAACGUAGUUAUCCCACAACGUGCAUCAAGAUGGACUCUUCUAUGGAAGGUCCUCACAAGGAAACUCACUACUUCGCCAAAUACUUGACCAAUCAGAAAUUGCUGGAGUUGCAGCUGUCUGAUUCCAACUUCAGGCGAUAUGUAUUGCUGCAGUUUCUCAUUCUUUUCCAGUAUCUGAAUAGCACUGUAAAAUUCAAGGCCUUCCUUGCCAGUGGCUAUGAGACAAGUGAGACGCACGAGCUUAAGCCGGAUCAAGUGGAGUGGGUGAAAACCACCACGGACCAAGUUUACGUUCUACUGUCGGAGACACCACCGGAUGGGCCGGCGUUCGCGGAGACUGUAAAAAAUAUCCUGAAACGCGAAGAGCAUUGGAACGCCUGGAAGAAUGAGGGUUGCCCACCGUUCAAGAGGCCAGCGUCGGACAUCGCCGCCGACGAGGAACCGCGGAAGCCGAAGAGGCCUAAACGAAGAAUCGGGGAUGUGAUCAGGGACGCGCAAACUGUUGGCAAAUAUCACAUGGGAAAUCCAGAACUCACGAAAUUGUGGAAUCUGUGUCCCGACAAUCUCGAAGCUUGCAAAUCAAAGGAUAGAGAUUUCCUCCCGUCGCUGGAAACGUACUUCGAGGACGCCAUAGUAGAAUUAGAUCCCGCCGCGAUGGUCGAUGAUAAAUACAAGAAAGUGAACGACGGCAAUUUCGGCUGGAGAGCGCUGAGAUUGUUGGCUAGACGAAGUCCGCACUUCUUCGUCCACGGCAACUAUCCUAUAAAUAAAUUGCCCGAGUACCUGGAGACGAUGAUCAAGAAAAUUGCCAAAGAUCGCCCGCAGACGCAGUCCGACAUAAAGGAGACCGAGGAGACGCCGCCGCCGGAAUCCAACGAUCAGGAAUUCAACGAGGACGUUCUUAAGGAGAGCGAACAAGUUGAUUCCGAGAGCGUCGACACGAAAACUAGAAAGUUCAAUAAAGUCACGCCGGAGAUGGUGGCGAAAUUAUCAGAGAGCCUGAAGAAUGACUGGAAGAAGUUGGCGGCGAAGUGCGGUUAUACCAACGAUGAGAUCGCUUUCUUCCAAAGUAAAUCAACGCCGUACGAACAAUGUAAAAAUAUGCUCGAGAUAUGGGCGGAGGAAGACGAGGACGCGUCGGUGGAGAAUUUGGCUUACAUCUUGGAAGGCUUGAAAUAUACAGAAGCUUUAGCAGUGCUCAAAUCUUAAGUACUACUAUACUUCUUAUUUAUACUUUUUUAUAUACUUAAGGUUAGAAGUACAAUCGUGACAGCUUAAUGAAACUAUAUGGUCGGCGUCAUAUAUGUUGUAUCAUCUUCUAAGCGGAGAGUUAUACGAUUUUCAGUCUUAUACUUAACACGUAAAGUUGGAAAUCGCAAAAAUAACUCUAUAAUGAUAGGGUUAUAAUGGAUCUAAUUAUAAUAAUUUCAAUCUUAUGUGUAUAUAUAUAUGACAAGUUAAAAAUUAUACAAUAGUGAAAAGUCUCCUCCUAGCUUCCAAGCCUUAACCUAGGGAAUAAUAUUUAUUAUAUUUUAUUAUAUAUAUUCCAAUAUCUCUCUUAUCUCAAAUUAAAUAACAUAUACAGAGUAUCACGCUGUAGUUACAUCAUUUUCGUCACUUAUCAAUU